AUGGCAGACAUCGCAGCAACCGUAUCAGAGACGGGUGUCCUUGCGAUCAAGCAGGGUGCUGCUGCUACUCCAGCGGCAGCGGCAGAUAAGGGCUGGUUCAGUCAGGUCACGGAUAACCCGCUGUUCGGAGCUGGAUUCGGUUUGAUGGGUCUCGGUGCUGGGUUGGCAAUGGCCCGACAGGGUGCAGUAAGAGCAGCACAUAUGGCCCAACGCAAAAUGUUGGUCACCCUCGAAAUCCCAUCAAAAGACAAACCAUACCUCCGGUUCCUUCACUGUAUGUCCCUACAACAAAAGACCGCUUCCGCGGGUCUUGGUCUCGGACGCUUACAUCACCUUGCCGUCGAGACAUCCUACAAACAACACGACAACGGUUCGGCACCCACCACAUUCUCGCUAGUCCCUGGACCUGGCAAAUCAAGAGACACCAAGAUGGUUGAUAUAUCUACUGGAUCACCGUGGGAAGUUGUGACGCUGACAACCCUCUCCCGGGACCGCCAUUUAUUCACGGGACUGUUGGAAGAAGCAAAAGAAUGGAGACCCUUCGGACAACCACGUCGGAGACGUCUUUUGGAUAGUGUGGUUCUGGACAAAGGUAUCAAAGAAGAGAUCGUCGCGGACGUCAAAGACUUCUUGGCAAGUGGGAAGUGGUACUACGAACGCGGUAUCCCAUACCGAAGAGGAUACCUCCUCCACGGUCCUCCAGGUUCUGGAAAGACAUCAUCAAUCAUGCUACUCGAAGACAUCGACGCCGCGUUCUCAGGCCGACAACAAACCGAAGAGUCAGGCUAUGGUCGCUCAAAUGUGACAUUUUCCGGUUUGCUGAAUGCGUUGGAUGGUGUCGCAUCCGCUGAGGAACGCAUUAUUUUCAUGACGACAAACCAUGCUGAAAGGUUGGAUCCUGCACUUAUCCGUCCAGGUCGCGUCGAUAUGAAGCGGUUGAUUGGUACUGCUACAUCGCACCAGCUCCGAGAAAUGUUCAUGAGGUUCUAUGAAGGGAAGGAGGCUGAGGCGGAUGAGUUUACGGGAAGGCCUGUGUCGACGGCUCAACUUCAGGGUCUUUUCGUACACAACAAGGGCGAGCCUCAAGAGAGUAUUGAGAUGGCGCCGUAUCUGAAUCGGGAGGAUGGAGGAUUAACGACGUAG